AUGUCGAGCUCUGUUGUUUCCGAGAUGGAGGACGGGGGUGGAAGUGCACCUCUGCUCCCAUCGCAAGCUGAAGGCCACCCGCAGGAAGACACUCGGCCUACGAGUAGAAAGGAAUUAGCAGGCUGGUACUGCUAUGGCUGGGCUGCUGAAGUCUUCGUCGUGUGUGCCAUGGGCUCAUUUCUUCCGCUCGCCCUCGAACAAAUGACUAGGGACCAGGGAGUGCUGGUCUCUGAUAAGACUACGCCCUGUACUUCGACGUGGAAGCACACCAAUGCAACUACUAACUCUACAAGAGCCAUCUCUCCGCUCAAGGCAGGGGCUCCGAGCAACCAGUGUCUGGUCUACGUCUUGGGAUUCGAAGUUAACACCGCCAGCUUUGCCAUGUAUACCUUCUCAAUCAGCGUCCUGAUCCAGUCCCUCAUCAUUAUAUCCAUCUCAGCGGCCGCAGAUCACGGCGCCUACCGCAAGACCUUCUUGCUUAUCUUCGCCAUAGUGGGCUCCAUUGCCAUGAUGCUCUUCCUCCCGCUCUCCUCACACCUAUACAUGCUGGCUGCCUUCCUAGCCGUUGUUGCAAAUACUGGCUUUGGCGGAUCGUUUGUGCUGUUGAAUUCCUUCUUACCACUCCUUGUUCGUAAUCACCCAUCUAUCCGAGCCUAUAAGGCGGAUGGACCUACAUACUCUGACUCAAGCCCAGAAGUCAGCGGAGAAAUAUCAGCGCCUGCAGAGGAAAGCAUUUCUCAGGGAAACCCUGAGCACAAUGCUCCGGCUGCUCCAUCGGUGUCAGCAGCCUUAGAGCUGUCAUCCAAGAUAUCUUCCAACGGAAUUGGAAUUGGGUACUUGGCCGCUGUGCUGGUCCAGAUAUGCUGCAUCCUUCUUGUCUUAGCCACUAACUCAACCACCUUCUCUCUUCGGCUUGUCCUAUUCCUAAUUGGGCUCUGGUGGUUUAUCUUCACCAUUCCAGCUGGCAUGUGGCUGCGUCCUAGACCCGGCCCUCCGCUCCCAGACCAUGUCACAAGAAAGGACAGCAGGUGGCCAUGGGUUGACUACGUCUUGUUUGCAUGGAAGUCCCUAGGCAGGACAGCCAUGAGGGCUCGCCGACUAAAGGAUGUGGUUCUCUUUUUGGCAGCCUGGUUCCUGUUAUCUGACGGAAUUGCAACCGUCAGUGGUACCGCAGUCUUAUUUGCAAAGACUCAGCUUAAAAUGGAACUGGCUGCCCUAGGCAUGAUCAACGUUAUCACCAUGAUCUCAGGUGUUUGUGGUGCAUUUUACUGGAGCUACGUGUCUCGACUCAUGGGACUCCGCCCUUCCCAGACAAUCAUUGCCUGCAUCUGUAUAUUUGAGAUUAUACCACUAUACGGCCUCCUGGGUUUCUUCCCUCCCAUUCGAAGACUAGGCGUCCUCGGUCUCCAGCAACCAUGGGAAAUGUACCCGCUCGGCGCCAUCUACGGACUCGUCAUAGGAGGUCUCUCCUCCUACUGCCGCAGUUUCUUUGGCGAGCUUAUUCCCCAUGGCUUCGAAGCUUCGUUCUACGCACUUUACGCCAUCACAGAUAAAGGCUCAAGCUUCUUCGGUCCUGCCAUCGUAGGAGCCAUUACUGACCGAUAUGGAGAAAUUCGGCCCGCAUUUUUCUUCCUCGCUGUGCUCAUCAUGAUACCAUUGCCCCUUAUGAUGCUCGUCGAUGCAGAGAGGGGCAAACGCGACGCUGAUUUGCUUGUUAAGGAGCUAGAAGGGUCCCCUGAUAUUGAUGAUCAUCAAGAACAGGCUAACGGUACUGCAGUGGAGAGAAGAGAGUAG